AAAUUAUUUAUUUAGUUGGCAACAUCUGUUUGGUUUUUGGUUCUAGGCGUUUGGUCUGCUGCCUGCUGAAAACAUAAACAAUCUUUAAUUAAUGUGUGCUGCUUCAAAAUUUCCUGAAAAUUAAAUAUAUGUUUCUUCAAAAACAUUGUUUUACAGUUUCGGAAAAGUUUCGUAUUGUGAAAUAUAAAAAACUAUCGUUGUUGAUAAGCGGUGACGGAACGAUAAAUUAACUAGAGAAACUUAGAACCAUCUUUGUUAUCUGUCCUGUUUAUUAUAAAUUUUAAGAACUUGUUUUUUGAAGAACAAUGUUUUAUACCGCCUCUAAUAUUUGAUUAUAGCACAAGAGUUUGGAAGAAUUUUGAUUUUUAGUAUUUAUUAAAUAUUGACAAUGUCUGAUCGAAGACAAGAAUUAGAACGGAAGAAACAAAAGCUUGCUUUGAUUCGUGAGGAAAAAGAAAAGAGAAGAAGAGAAAAAGCAAAAGAGGCUGAAGAGGCGUCAAAGACUCAAAAUGGUGCUGCCAAACCUGAUAAAGACUUGCGAGCUCAAACAGAAGAGUUAUUAGAAUCUUUAGGAAUUCCAGCUAGUGAAUCACCAGUUUCUCGUAUUGGCUCAUCUCCUCGAUCUGCCACUCCUGAGACAAGAAGUUCACCUCCUGAUAGUCAGCCUUCAUCUGCACCCCAGUCAGGAUCCUGGAACCCAAGGAAGCCAUGUCUAACAUUAGUUAGUGUUAACCAAGUUAAUAUUCCACCUAAAGAAAGAGUAAUUUAUAACAAACAAACUCAAACUGCAGCAUCAGGCCAAGACAGAGAAGCUCCUCAUGCUCCUGGUGGCUCUCAGAGCUCUUCUCCUUAUAAGGAUAAUGGCUAUCAUUGGAGGACACGUAAAGCGCAUCCUCUUGAUUAUUAUGUUUUGACGUAUGCUGAGAUGCCGGGGGAAGAUGAUGUUGAAGGAUCUUCUUUGGCCUCACAUGAUUUAGAUACUCCCCCUUUGUACACAAGUCGCCAUCAUCCCCUCAAAGGUUUACCCCAUGUUGAAAUGGUUCGUCCUGCACAAGACACAACUGGACUAUCUACAUCAGUUGAGUUAAAGAAGGAAGAAAAGAAAGUACGUGAUUUAAGUGAAGAAGAGAAAAAACAAAUUAUGCUGAGAGAAGAUUUUCAUCAGUUUUUUGAUCGAGCUACUCGUAUAAUUGAAAGGGCUUUGUGUGAAGAUCUUGACAUUUUAGUUGAUUACACUGGCAAUAUUGAAGAGCAAGAUGGGGACGAUAAAAGCGGCAUUAAAUUGUCAUUGAACAGAACAUUUUUUGAUGACAGAUGGUCCAAAAACCGCACUGUAACUAGUUUUGAUUGGUCAUCUCAGUUUCCUGAAUUAUUAGUUGCAUCUUAUAAUAAUAAUGAAGAUUCUCCUCAUGAUCCUGAUGGUGUCUGUCUAGUCUGGAAUAUGAAAUUUAAAAAAACUACUCCUGAAUACAUUUUUCAUUGUCAGUCUGCAGUGAUGUCUACGUGUUUUGCCAAAUUCCAUCCGAACUUGGUAUUAGGAGGAACAUAUUCUGGUCAAAUAGUGUUAUGGGACAAUCGUAGUAGCAAAAGGACACCUGUACAAAGGAGUCCAUUAUCUGCAGCUGCUCAUACUCAUCCUGUUUAUUGCAUACAAGUAGUUGGUACUCAAAAUGCCCACAACUUAGUCAGUAUAUCUACUGAUGGUAAAUUUUGCACUUGGAGUUUGGAUAUGCUUUCAACUCCUCAGGAUACAAUGGAACUGUCCCACCAGAAGCAGUCUAGGCCAGUUUCUGUAACAAGUUUAUCAUUUCCAUCUGGCGAUUAUAACAAUUUUGUUGUUGGGAGUGAAGAAGGAACUAUAUAUACCGCAUCUAGACAUGGAAGCAAGGCUGGCAUUCAUGAACUCUAUGAAGGACAUCAAGGUCCUAUAACUGGCAUCAGUUCACACAGUGCUCAGGGACAUAUUGAUUUUUCCCAUUUAUUUUUAUCCUCUUCCAUGGAUUGGACUGUAAAACUCUGGAGUUUAAAAGAUAGUAAACCUCUUUAUUCCUUUGAAGAUAAUGGUGAUUAUGUGUGCGAUGUUGCAUGGUCACCUGUACACCCUUCUGUUUUUGCUUGUGUUGAUGGAAUGGGCAGGUUAGACGUUUGGAACCUCAAUAAUGAUACUGAGCUUCCAAUAGUGAGUACUGUUGUGGAUGGCAAUCCAGCUUUAAAUAGAGUUGUAUGGACUCCAUCUGGUCAUCAGCUUGCAGUUGGUGAUGAUUUUGGAAAAGUUUAUGUGUAUGACGUUGGAGAAAAUCUUGCAUCUCCAAAGAAUGAUGAAUGGUCAAGAUUUGUUAACACAUUGCAAGAAUUAGAAAACAAUAAAGCUGAUCAAGAAUUAGAUAACCUUAAUAAUCUUACAUCUAGUAAUUCAUACAUGCUUCCUAUUCGUUAAAAAAGAUCUAAAUUGUAAUUAAAAAGGAUCAAAAUAGUUAUGAAAGAUUUUUUAUUUUAAAUCUUUUGAAUUUUUUUUAUUUCUAUGGAUGCGAAGCAUUCAUUCGAUAUUGAAAGGAAUUUUUCCUUUAUACACCAUCUCCUUAUCACAUAGCAUAAAAAAAUCUCUUUAUUAUGUAAAAAGGGAACCAUGUCCAAUGGUAAAAAAUUAAAGGGUUAAAAUUAUAAAACUACAUUUUUGUGUGUACCAUUUUUAAAAUAAAGAAUAAAAUUUUUAUAUAAAAUAUAAGAAAUCUAUAUUAAAAUAAUUCUAUGUUUGUUGGUUUUAAAUAAAUUCUUAAUUUAAAUCAUUUUUAAGCUUUGUUUACGAUACCAAUUUUUAGUAUUUCAUUUGUAUUUUUAUUUUAUUUUUUUUUUGGAUAUGUCACACUGAUUUGGAGGUUUCUAAUUUUGUUAUAUCUUAAGUUUAACAAGUAUACUUAUGUGCCAUAUGAGUUUUUUCUCUCUUUAUACAUUAAAUUGUCAACAUACUUUUUUUUUUACUUGAACUCUAAAACUGAGAUUGUACAUGAUAACGCAUUUUUUAUUUUAUAUUUAAAGAAAAAACACUUUUAUGGUUACCAUGUAUAAUAACUGUGAAAUGUUUCAUAGAAGGUAUUAAGCAAAUUGGAAGGAUAUGGUUGUUGUAUCGAAAUGAAUAGUCAUGAUUAUAAAUAAAAAUACGUUUCACAGUUCUCUCUUCAUAUAUUUUAUUUCAUAUGUAAUUGUCAUUUUAUUAAUUUAAGUACAAAACUGCAACCAAUAUAAAAAUUUUGAAGUGCUAGCUAUGUUUGAAAAAGUUCACUUUAACUGCUAAUGCUAACAUUAAAUAUGAACUCAUUGUCAAAAUGUAUUUCUUAGUAGUUUAAUUUUUUCUUAAAGCUAGUCUAAUGAACCAGAAAGAAAUGAAACUUUUUGUGCUAAAUUUUAUAUAAAAAUCAUUUUCAUGCAAUAUUAUGUUUAUACUGUUAUGUCGUUACCUUAAGCAAAACACUCUUUUUCAAUUGCUCUAAAUUUGAUUGUUGAUUUUGUUCAAAUUUAUUAAUUCCUGCUUUUAUCAACAUGAAAUUAUGAUCUAUAGUUUGCAAAUGAAUCUAAAUAAAAGUAUUGAAACUUC